GCGAGUCUCUGCAGGCUGGUUCGCCAAACAGUCCUGCUUUUCUGCCCAAGAGAGGUCCUUGCUGGAAGGCAGCAUGUCCAAUUUUACCUUGAGGAAAACAUCACCCACGGGAAAUGAUAUGAAGAGCACCACUCGGGGGACCACACUGAGACAACAGGGUUUUCAUGAUGAGAACAAAAGAAGGAUUUUCUUACAGGAUAACAGCUGGAUAAAGAAACGUCCUGAAGAAGAAAAAGAUGAAAAUUAUGGCAGGGUGGUACUUAACCGACAUAACUCCCACGAUGCCUUGGACAGGAAAAUAAGUGAGAGAGAUGAGCCAAAAGCCAGCAUUAGUCGGUACAGAUCUGAUGACACUUUGGACAGGAUCUCAGACAGAAAUGAUGCUGCUAAAACAGAUAAGGCCAUUACCUUGGAUAACCGACUAACCAAUAGAAGCACAUCCAUGUUUACCAGAAGAUCACCAGAAGCAACAAAGUCGCCACUCGGCGGUGUGCUGAGUACCAACAGUGCCACCGCCCCAGCGUCCGCCUCUGCGACUGCUCCUGUCAAGAAAAAGAGACAGUCCUGGUUCCCACCGCCCCCUCCAGGUUAUAUUGCUACCCCAAGCACAGGAGCCAGCAGAAGGGAACAAGCCUUUCACCCGCCAAUACCUCCAAAACCCAGGUCUCCUGUUUCUUCUCCUAACCAGCUGAGCCGUGAUAAUAGGCAGAUAUCUCCACCUAAACCGGGUAUAUAUACAGAAACCAGCAGAUCUGCUGAAAGAAACAUAAGUGAAGAAAUGGAUAAUCUCAUCAAAAUGAACAAAAGCUUGAAUAGACAUCAAGGUCUUGAUGGUCUCUUCAGGACAAAUCCAAAGGCAGAGCAAACGGAGAAAAGAGCCAAAAGCCUUGAAAGUCUCAUCUAUGUGAAUGCCCGGACAGACAAAGAUGGCAAAAGAAACCAAGGCCUUGGAAGUCUCAUUAAAGUUGAUGAAAGGACUGACACAAAUGAGAAAGGAAGCCAAGAUCUCGAAUCUAUUAUCAAAAUGAAUGCCAGGACAGAGAAAACCAGCAGAGGAGGUGAAGACCUUGACAAUGUUAUCAAAGUGAAUCCCAAAGGAAAUGGAAAUAUUACAGGAAAACAAGACUUUGAUGGGCUUAUUAAAGUGAAUCCUGAAACAAAUAAGAAUAUCAAGAGGGGCCAGAGCCUUGAGAAUCUCAUCAAAGUGACCCCCGAAGUUAACAGAAGUAACCAAGGUUCCAGAGACCUUAAUAACCUCAUCAAAGUGAAUCCAAGAACAGGAAAAAGUGUACAAGGGAACCAAAGUCUUGACAGCCUUAUCAAAGUGACUCCUGAAACUAAUAGAACUAACCAAGGGAACCAAAACCUGGACAACCUUAUCAAAGUGAUUCCCUCAGCAAACAAAAGCAGUGAAAAAGGUCUUGAUGAACUAAUCAGUGUAAGCCCCAAAGCUGUCAUAAACGACGCUGGAAAGCAAGAUCUUGAUAAGCUCAUCAAAGUGAAACCUGACAUUUUUGAAAACAACCGAAGAAACCAGGAUCUCAAUAAUCUCAUCAAAGUGAAUCCUGCAGUAAUCAGAAGCAAUCACAGCCAAGACUUGGACAAUCUUAUUAAAGUGAAACCUUCAGCUCUCAGAAAUAUUAAUCGAGAUCAGGACCUGGAUAAUUUAAUUGAAGUAAAUUCUCAUGUGUCUGAAAAUAAGAAUGGAAGCUCCAAUGUUGGAACCAAGCAUUCAGGAUCAAAGGAUACUGUUGUGUACACAAGGACAUAUGUGGAGAAUAGUAAAUCACCAAAGGAUGGAUAUCAGGAGAAUAUCUCUGGAAAAUAUAUACAGACUGUUUAUUCAACUUCAGAUAGGUCUGUCAUUGAAAGAGAUAUGUGCACUUACUGCCGAAAACCCUUGGGUGUAGAAACUAAAAUGAUUUUAGAUGAACUACAAAUUUGCUGCCAUUCCACUUGCUUUAAGUGUGAAAUAUGCAAACGGCCUUUGGAAAAUCUAAAAGCGGGUGAUAGUAUUUGGAUUUAUAAACAGACAAUACAUUGUGAACCUUGCUACUCUAAAGUUAUGGCAAAGUGGAUUCAAUAAUUCUGGCACAUGGAAAUCAAGAUGAAAAGCAUUCAUUAAGGAAUUAACAGUUUUAUAUUAAGAAUAUGUAACCUAGAAAAGCUUUUACACUGAAGACCAACUCUCAUAAAGUUAACAAUUCUGCUAUUGCAUAAAUAACAUAAUUGCCUUCGGUAAGGUCAUACACAUGAAAAGAAACAUCUGGUAUCUGGCUAGAUUUAGUGAUAAAAAAUUCAAGUGGUUUUAGUUACUGAUGUCAAAAGAAUGACACUUCUGAUGUCAGUGAGCAUUGUCAGCCCUGGCCAGGUCCAGCUCUGCUCCGUAUUUUGUCUGUGCCUCAUGGUUUCCAUUAAUACCAAGUUUCUUAUUUUGUCACCUUUAUUUCCCAAAGACUUUGGAUUGACAGACAUUACUGAUAUCCUGACAAACUCUAAGAAGCAAAGAUACUUCCUUCAUCUGCAAAAGAAAUGCUGAUAAAAUUUUUUUAUAAAGUUUGGUAAAAAGACGUUAACAUAAAAAUUGUAUGGACCUCAGAAAAUCAGUUAAACUUUCCAGAUCUCUGUGCCAUUAUCUGUAACAUGAGGUACCCUGGACAAAAUGAUUUCUAAGGUACCUUUUCACUCUCCAAAUUCUCUGACUCUAAAACAAGUUUUAGUUUGCUCUUUAGAAACAUAUCUGUACAUGUAUUUGUUAAGCAUAUUGACCUAGAAAAGAUGUAUAAACAGUUUAAUCUUAAUGUCAUCCUUCUGUUUAACACAGACAUGGUUUUUAGAGACUGUGUUUUAAAACCAGAAAGAAACACAUUUGUUGGUAAUAGGUAAAAUAGUAUGACGUGUAUAGUUUACAUAUUAUAAUUUGUCAAAUUUUCUUUGCAUGCAUUUCAAAAUCUGGGUGUACGAAUAAUCUAUGAGAAGUAAUGGUUAUGGACUACAA